AUGGCUUUUAUGAAAGCGCAUCUGCUCCCUUUAUUGAUGAAUAUUAUUUUCGGGGGAACUUUCCUUACUACAUACACGAUUGCAGUGAAGUUGAAUCACGUAAGAGCACUUUUUCCUUAUAUAAGUGACACCGGUAAUAAGCCGCCCGAAAGUACAAUUUUUUCGCAAUUUCUCAACAUAGGAUGCAUUUUUGCAUUUCUUACCAUGUAUGCGAAGUAUCUGUACUUGAAUACCUGCUAUUUAAGAGAUCCCAGUCUGUCAAAUUAUGUUUUAGUCCAAUGUUUAAAUCGGAUCUCUAUUUGGAUAGCCCCCUUUAUGUGUUUGGGAGCAUCUAUGGCUGCAAAUUUUCAACCUAGUAGUGCAAUUAUACCUCAUCUCUUUGGAGCUUUCAUGAGUGGUGGUGGGGGAAUUACUUAUUUUGCACUUCAAACUUACAUUUCCUACAAAGCUUGUCCCGUUUUGAACACAAUGAGAAUGGCUCAUUUCAGACUCGUCUUAACUGUACUAGCGGCUUCAUUGGGAUCAACAACAGUAUUAUCUGGUGCUGUAUCGCUAUUUAUGUUUACCAGAAGUCUUAAAUAUGUACCCGUGUGGGGACCAGAUGAUGGGGGAUAUGGUUAUCAUUUGCUCAGUACCGUUACCGAGUGGGCACUCGCAUUCGUUUUUGGAAUAUAUUAUAGUACUUUUAGUAGCGAGCUGAGAAAUGUCGUUAUCAAAUAUCCCACUGCUGAACCUAGGAAUUUAUACAUUUCAAUUCAGCAUAAUUCGUGUUUUGACAAUGCCAUUCAACCCGUAGAUGCAGAGAUUCAAGAAGAAAACAGGAAUGAAGCAUUCGAUACAGGGAGAGAAAUUCCUACUUCUGUCUAUCCUGAGUAA